CUUGGGUCAAACCACAUCGAGUCCGAGUCGGGGGGUGAUGUGGCUGGCACCAGCGAUCAAGCGUUGAACAGGACUCAAAUUAACCUCUCAUGCCCUCGAGUCCAAAGGCUUUCCGGAUCUGUCCGGUACCCUUGCGCGCAACACGUGUCUGUCACCCAACAUUCCACCCGUCGAGAUUGCGCACGACGUCGGAUUCCUGGGUAAAAACAGACCGCUAUGAAGUCGGAUAAAAGCCAAGCGCAUGCGCAUGUCCUCUCGUGGUCUUGAGUGUGGAUAUGUCGCUGGGGACAGGUCUCGUUCCGCACUUGCUGGACUCAGACCUCUUUCGUUCCACUGCCCACAACGUGCUGCCCGAUGAACGAGUCCAUCUCGCCUUAGCUAGGGCUCGGGAGAUUGCUGCUACAUAUCCCAUCACCCUCGACGAUAUCAAGAACGCGACCUUUCCAUUCUGGAAUUUUCACUGUGACCCUAUCGUAUGCAGCGAUGGCGCGGCGACCACUUUGCUAUCCAUUCAGUGGAACCUGGUACUCGGAACAAUCCUGGAUCGGGUCGGGGAGAGAAGGGAUCUCGUGGACAGUGGGCUCUUGCACGGGUUGCUGAAAUAUCAGAUAUCUGGCCAGUUCUGUCUGACCGAAGUAGACCAUGGAUUAGAUGCGGUAAACCUCGAGACUACAGCCACGUCUCUAGACGACGAUCGUGGCUUCAUCUUGAACACACCACACCCUGGGGCAGCCAAAUUCAUGCCGCCAACCGCUCCAUUCGGGAUUCCUUGCGUAGCUAUUGUCAUGGCCCGGCUCAUCAAAAAUGAAGUCAACUUGGGGAUCAAGCCUUUUCUCGUGCCGCUCCACGACGGUCAAACAAUGAAACCUGGGGUUCAUAUCAAGCAAGUCCCUCUCUCAACGCUCUUUCGCGUCUCUCACCCGGCCAAAGAUUGCUUCCCUACCCGGGAUCCACCGGACGCGAUCACCGACCCGACCCAACGACGUAUUGACUUUCUCCUGUCGCUAUGGCGAGUCGCGGUGGGCUCUUUGGCCUUGUCAGCGACGAGCAUCCCGAUCCUCGCGCACUCAGCCUGUCUCGUGGCAGCAUACAGCAGCCGUCGUGUCGUCAACGAAUCUUCAUCCAUCUUGCGUUUUCCGACCCAGCACAGGCCGAUCCUGACCGCGCUUGCCCAGUCGUUCGUGCUGCGCGCGUUCUACCGCGCAGCGGUGCCCGUCUUCCGGGACGCCGCGGUGGACUUUCGCGUGCGGCAUGGGAUGGCGGCGUGCUUCAAGCUCGUGGCGAUGCAGUUUACACAGGAGGGCGCGUUGUCGCUGUCGGAGAGGUGUGGCGCGCGGGGUCUCUUCGGGGUUAAUCGUAUAUGCGAGAUGCAGUCUGACGCACGAGGGAUCGCGAUCGCAGAAGGAGACAUGCUGGUGCUGGCUAUUCGGCUCGCUACCGAACUGCUUCUGGAGCGUUAUUCGCUGGACGACCUCUGGCCCACCGUCGACAGCCCACUGUCUCGCCACGCCCAAUCCCUGCUCGCCACCUUCCGCGCGACCCUGCAAUCGCUCGACUCGCACCGCUCCGACUCCUUCAACUCCAAGAUCAUCCCGCACUGUACGCUUAUCGUCGAGGCGCUCGGAUUGCAGAUGGCCUUCGACGCCGCCGUGAGAGCGGGCCUGGCCGCGGAGAUGGUGGAGCUGUUCCUGGUGACUUCGAUGCGGCGCGACGAGGGGUGGUACAUCGAGAAUAUGCAUAUGCGGCAAAGCGAGCUCAUUUGUAGAGAGGAGACGGCGAUCGCGCGGGCGUUGCCGAAGCUUGGGGAGUGGGUGGAUGCGUCCGGAGCGACGCCGUAUGUCACUGCGCCGAUCCAGUCGCAGGAGGAGUGGGACAAGUUCGUUGCGGGACUGACCGCGUUCAGAGCACCGGAAGAGCAGCACCUAGAAUUGGCGAAGCUGUGAGCGAUUCACUUGCGGUGGGCAGAGAAACUGUAGCAGGUCGCAUGCAGAGCGGUGCCCAGAACUGGCGAAGUGGUGAGAGAUUCAGUCGCCGUAGAUAGUCUAUCGCAGUCCGGCAGAGAAUUGGCGCUGGGAUUCUUUUGUGCCACAACAAAGGCGAUCGCAUGCAGAGGUCUCGGAUCUGAAUGCAUCUCUUCGACAGAAUGAGAACGUCUACGCUGCAAAUCAUUAUAUUACAUGGGAUGGUAGACAUGAUAAUGAGGAUAGCAUGAGCCGUUUCUUCCAAGAGAUCAGACGAAAAGAAAAUACAACUAGAUGUGUACAAAGAACCCCUUCUGCCCUUCCUCCUGCCGCACACUCCCCUUCUUCACCAAAAAGUCCGCGCACGCCAUCCUGAUGCGCUCGCUGGUCAUCGGCAGCCGGAACUCCUGCAUCUCCGCCACGCCCGCAUCCGCUCGAGCCGACUUGAGCGCCGCACGGAUCGCCAGCGCAACGGAGCACCCGAGGAACAGCGGGGGCUCGCCGACGCCCUUGCUGGCCUUGAUCGACCCGAGGUUCGGCCACUCUGCGUCUUUCAGGAGCGACACGUUGAACGUCUGCGGGAUGUCCGAGAACCCGGGGAUCUUGUACGCGCCGGGACCAGUGGUGAAUAUGGCGCCCGAGUUGAGCCAGAGAGACUCCUCGAUCGUGCACAGCCCUU